GUUCAUCAUCCUUUCUGUGGUGCUCUUUGGACUGGCAUACAAUCCCAAUGAGACCUGCUCUCUCAAUCUGGUGGACCAUGGCAGAGGUUAUCUGGGUAUUUUGCUCAGCUGCAUGAUCGCUGAAGUUGCAAUCAUCUGGCUCAGCAUGCGUGGAAGCAUCUUGUACACAGAACCUCGGGAUUCCAUGCAAUAUGUGCUAUACGUCAGACUGGCAAUCUUGGUGAUUGAAUUUAUCUACGCGAUUGUGGGCAUUGUUUGGUUAACCCAGUACUACAGUUCCUGCAAUGAUGUUACUGCCAAGAGUGUUACUUUGGGAAUGGUCGUCUGCAACUGGGUGGUCAUUUUGAGUGUCUGCAUCACUGUCCUCUGCGUAUUUGACCCAACAGGACGGACUUUUGUUAAGUUGCGAGCCACAAAGAGGAGACAACGUAAUCUAAGAACAUAUAACCUGAGGCAUCGCUUGGAAGAAGGCCAGGCUAGCAGCUGGACUCGCCGUCUAAAAGUUUUUCUCUGCUGUACACGAACAAAAGAUUCACAAUCAGAUGCUUACUCUGAAAUUGCAUAUCUCUUUGCUGAAUUUUUCCGAGAUCUUGACAUAGUCCCAUCUGAUAUUAUAGCAGGCCUCGUUCUACUACGUCAACGACAAAGGGCAAAACGCAGUGCAGUGUUGGAUGAAGCAAACAAUGAUAUACUAGCUUUCUUGUCGGGAAUGCCAGUUACCAGGAACACAAAAUAUUUGGACCUGAAAAACUCACAAGAGAUGCUGCGAUAUAAAGAAGUAUGCUAUUAUAUGCUCUUUGCUUUGGCUGCUUAUGGCUGGCCCAUGUAUUUGAUGAGGAAGCCUACCUGUGGACUCUGUCGCUUGGCCAGAUCCUGCUCUUGCUGUUGCCUCUGCACUACUCGGCCCCGUUAUGCACCUGGUGUCACCAUUGAGGAAGAUAACUGCUGUGGCUGCAAUGCUAUUGCAAUUCGACGCCAUUUCCUUGAUGAAAACAUGACUUCUGUGGACAUUGUGUACACUUCAUGUCAUGAUGCGGUUUAUGAAACCCCCUUCUACGUGGCUGUAGAUCAUGAAAAGAAGAAAGUAGUCAUUAGCAUUCGAGGAACUUUAUCACCAAAGGAUGCUUUGACUGAUUUGACUGGAGAUGCUGAGCGCCUCCCUGUGGAGGGUCAUCACGGAACAUGGCUUGGACACAAGGGGAUGGUGCUAUCUGCUGAGUAUAUAAAAAAGAAACUGGAGCAGGAGAUGGUGUUGUCUCAGGCUUUUGGGCGUGAUUUAGGCAGAGGAACAAAACAUUAUGGCCUAAUUGUAGUUGGCCAUUCCUUAGGAGCGGGCACAGCAGCCAUUUUGUCCUUUCUACUACGUCCACAGUAUCCAUCUCUAAAGUGCUUUGCUUAUUCUCCACCAGGUGGGCUUUUAAGGUCCUGGAAAAUUACAACAAGGGCAAAACAGCUUUGCUUUCUGCAGCCAAAGUGAUGGUGAGUCCUACAGAAGUGGACCUCAACCCGGAAUUAAUCUUCCUGAGUCAACCCCUGCCUAGUAGACCUUCUAUACAGAUUGGAAUUGGAGACAUAACAGUGGACAGAAGGAACAGCAGUACUAAGAAUAAGGCUCACUCUGAAAUCAGUUUGGAAGGGUUUUAUGAAACCAAGCUGCUGUCACCAGUGCAGAAGGAUCCUGUGGAGAUCCUGCUACUAGAUACUAAGGAACGCCUGUCUGUAGAACUGCAGGACCGGCGUGCUCCUCUUGCUACAAUGGAGAGCCUAUCUGAUAAUGAAUCCAUCUAUAGCUUUGAUUCAAGGCGUUCCUCUGGUUUCCGUAGCAUCCGUGGCUCACCAAGUCUCCAUGCAGUCAUGGAAAAAGAUGAAACUCAUUGUUUUUAUAUUGAUCCAGCAAUUCCUGAGGAGAACCCCUCUCUUAGCUCACGGACAGAACUGCUUGCUGCUGACAGCCUCUCCAAACACUCCCAGGAGACUCAACCUCCUGAGGGCCUGCAGAACAGUGGAGACACCACUCCUCAGCGGCGAUGCAGCGAUGAAGGUGCUGGUAGUGAUAUCGAUCAUAUCUCCUUUACUCCAGAAGAAAUGACUCUCCAAAAUGGGAGGCUAAGUGAUGCCCCCAGCCCACAAGUGUUGGAGUUUGCGGAGUUUAUAGAUAGUCUCUUUAACCUGGACAGCAAAAGCAGUUCCUUUCAGGACAUUUACUGCAUGAUGGUAUCGGACAGCACCAGUGACUUUGCGGAGAUUCCCAAGUCAGUCAGUGACCAGGAGAUCUUGCUAAGAGCACAGUAUGAACCCAACUUAGUUCCAAAGCCCCCCAGGUUAUUUGCAGGCUCAACAGAUCCUUCCUCAGGCAUAUCUGUUUCCCCUUCUUUCCCUCUGAGUUCUUCUGGAGAGCUUAUGGACCUCACUCCUACAGGCAUGAGUAGCCAGGAAUGCCUCACCACUAACAAAAUCCGGACUUCCACUCCCACUGGAAAUAUGUCCAGUCCUGCCAAACAAGAAGACCUUGUGAUCUCAGCCCUCUAAUAUAGGAGAGAAGGUGCAGAAUACCUAAUCCUAUAAUAGUGAAUCUUGGCACAGCACUUGGAGGAGCUGGUCUCUUGGCAAGUGAGAAUGGGUGACAAUGCAUGGGGAAGUAUAGUUUCCUUUCCUGGGUGCUACACUAAUGGCACUACAAAGUAUUUCAGCAUGAAGGAUGCCACAUCAUGGGUCAUGUUCUUUAGUUAGGGAGAAAAUCACUGCCUAAUGCAGCUUGCUGCUUUUCAGGGUCUCGUUCACUGAAGUUAGAUGAUUGGUUUCCCUACCUCAGCAUAUUUCUUUAACAAGAAGGCAGACUCAUUGCCUUUCCUGCUGAAAUCGUACUGUCCAUGGGCUAGAUGAUUAGAGUAACUGAGGUCUGAUAAUGCUCAAUUGUCAUGUCAAAAUCAAGGAAAUUGUGACAUUGGGCUUUAUUGCACUAGUGUGUCAUGUUUGAUCCAAGUACCUGUUUAUUGUUGUCAUCAUUAUUUUUUUAUGACAUGCUCUCCUGUUUUAUAGCCAUUGACUGUGUUCCAGAGGAAUGCAGCCUCCCACUCUAAAUCCUAACUGGGUGCAGUGAGAAUUGGGAUGGGGCAACCUGUGCUCCUCCGAUUAGCUCUGUGUUCAGUGAUAUCUGCUCUUCUUCUAAGAAGAAAGAAAAUAUGUGUGUUGGAGAGUUGAAGGCCAUUUCCAUCUUUCAUCACCCACUGGAGGGGUGAACAGUCUCUUGGGUCUCACAUUGUUGCACAGCUCCCCAAACCACUAUGAAAUAGAGACAAUCUUGCUCUCUAGUAUAAUUGUCAUCUUUAUUUGCAUGGAUUGGUUGGUCUAAACUAGCUUUUGUUCUUCAAGAAGCUUGCCUAUGCCCUGCAUUAUUCCCCAAGUCCUUGAGUAUGGAACUAUUUUGUUCCCAUUUAUAAUUGCAGUAUAAUAUGGUCUGUCUCUGAAUUCAGGAAAAAGGGGGACUUUUACUGCACAUUGAAAUCUCAUGUAUGUUUACAGACUACUAAACACUUGGGAAGUAAUUGGGAAAUGUCUACUUUUGUGGGGAAAAUGUGCUUUCUGCCCUUUCAAUUUCUCUAUUGGCAUGGGGCCCAACUCAGCCAUGGAAAAAGUAAGAAGAAUUGCUGUUACUUAUCCUUACUAGAAAGUAAGUCUUACUAGAAAGUGAGACUGGAAUGUUGCAUUAACCCUCUGUGUAUGCAUCUUACACCCAACUGAAUAUUAUGGGCUUAAGAAUAUGAGGUAACUACACAACAGCAGCUCCUGAAAUCGCAUCUCAGCUAUUAAUCCUGCAGUUUGGUGCUCACAAUUAAGUUCAUGACAACAGGGUGACACUGUGUAAAAUUGCAGGGAUUUUCCAAUGGUGAAAUUGUGGAUGAAAUAGCAUUUACGUUGAAGUUAAAUAUAUUUGAUCUACAUACAUACAAUGAUCUUGUAUUGUACUAAAACAUAACUGAAUAUGACAAUGCCACGCCAAAUUCUUACCUUCAGACUAGUUCAAUAUACUGUGUCUGGGUUCUACAAAGUAUACUAGACUCAUCUCACAGGUCAUGAAGUAUGUCCUUAGUAAAUCCCUUAAAUUUGCAGCUGUAAGCCUCCGAGUAGGCUGUUAAAAUAAAGUGGUUUUGAGGAAUUUUUUAAGCUCCCAUGAAUGAUUAGUAUGCUAUGUUAUGCUUAGAAGUUGUCCAUGAAGAAGAUUGAGAAGAACUGUACACUUUGUGUACAGAUAAUGUAAUCCUGCAUAUCUACUUGUAAACAGUCUCAGUGGACUCAGUGAGACUGGUUUCACAGGUAAGUGUGCUUAGAAUUGCAGUCUUACAUCUAGGAGACUGUCUACAUUCAAGUUGUUGCCUUCUAUACUUUAACACUGCAUUUAUUUGAAAUAAGUGCAAUUUACUUGAAAUAGGUCUGCAGUAAACUCAUGUGACUUCCAUUUGAGAAAAUGCAUUAAAUUGGGCUGCAAAAUUUGGUUAUAAAAUAGUAUACUUACAUUGCAUUAAUGUAACUGAUUUUACAUUAUGAAGGAUACUGUUGAAACUGGAGCCCUUGGGAUGUAUUUGCCCUUAAAUGAGACAGGUUAACCCUGUUUUAAAGUAAUUAUGCUUUGGAAUUAUAAAUUUCUACACUUAAAAUAAUGUUAAUUUAAUGAUUUAGGGUUAUUCCAGUUUUAUGGCUCUGCUUUCAAAUGUUCCUCUUUUUCCAAGAAUACUUGCAUCAGUCAAGAACAAUUCUGCCCAUCUUCAAGAAAAAAACCCUCUUUUGUACAUAGUUCAACACAACAGUAGUUGUUGUCACUCAUUUAGAUUACCAUAAAUAUGUGCUACCCUAGGCCUGGGCUAACAAAAUGUUCUGCACUAAAGAAAUAAUAAGUAGAACAAUAAAAAAUAAAAAAUAAUAAAUACCUAGAAAUAAUAUUGAGCUAUUAAAGGUAAAUUCAUAUUUUCAAACAUUCAGGUAUUCUUGUAAUGAAAACACAUAACAAAGACUUCAAUGAAAUUUGGAAAAGAAGAGAUAUUGGUAAAUUUAAGGUGCAGGUCCUUAUAAUGAAUUAGACAUUCCAGAUUGAGUGGCUUAAGGAUCUGAGAAAAACAAUCUAAACUGGGUGGUUUAAUUCAGUUGAUCACAUAAAAGCAAUGUUUUGUAAAUUGAACCAUAUUCAGUUAUUAUGUUAUGGCUAUGAUGUCUGAUUUGCAAAAUCCAGAGUUAAAUGUUUAUGUUUUUGCUAAUAUCCAAUGGUUAUCUAAUAAUAGCCCUAAUUAAUACUUAGAUAAUUCUUUAAACAUCAAAGCACUUUACAAAUUAAAUAAUCUUCCCAUGCUAGGUCAUGAGAACAUCAGAUGGGGUGGUGGUUAUGCUUAUAAUUGAAAGAAGCGUAUAUGAUGUAUUAUUUGAGGUAAUGUUGUUAAAAAUAUACUGAGGUUACACCACAUAAGCUUCUUACUUAAAAGAAUUGUUUUAGAUUUAGAGAGUACUGAAAACAAUCAGGUAGCUGAUGCAACUUUGCUUGAAGAAGAAUUUAAUUUGUUUUCCUGGUGGUAGAUUAAACUAUUGCACUACAAUGUCACGUCUGACCUGAAAGCGAUUUUAUUGUCAUUUCUUAGAGGUUGUUUUUUAAAAAAAGUUGUUUGAUGGUGUCCUUAAGAUUUUUCUUGCUUACUUUCUUGCCCCCAGCAGGAAUAAUUUAUCUUGAGUCCCAGUUUAUCCAUAGAAUUUG